UCAAAACUACUGACGUUCCACUGAAACUUCCAAAAUAUCCCAUGAUCACUCGCAGGCAACGAAAUAUUGUAAUGAAAACAUCAGAUGUAGAGUAUGCUUAUAGUUUCUGUCCUCGUUAGCAAAAUGGCUGUGGUUGGUUAGUUUGUUGACUUAUUUGUACAUCGACGGUGCUGCCUGCGUCUUUCAAGUGGAGAAUAACAUUAGUGAAGCACAAUCUUCGGAAGCAUAAUCUACCCCAACCUUAAAAAUGUACUGAAGAAAUAGAGACCUAAUAGACACAAUAUACGGCAAGACACUAAUUUCAAAGAUGGUUGCAAAUGAGAAGCAGCAUCUCGUGAGUAUUCUGAGGCUUGCAGUAUGCUUUCAGCUAUUUCUGGCGUGCCUUAUGAAUGAGACCACAAUUAAGCAGCCUUUUCCCUGGGACAAAAUGAGACUCCCACCUAAUGUUGUACCGACCCACUACGACCUCAGCAUUCAUCCAAAUUUGACCACACUGAAAUUCACUGGAUCUGUGACGAUCUGCGUCGAUGUAAAACAGGACACAGCUUAUAUUGUACUGCACAGCAAAGGCCUGGAGAUCAACAGUGCGAGGAUUACAAGGGAAGAAGACAGGUCGUCAGUGCACACGGAACAAAGUCUUACCGUUCUUGAACAUCUACCUCACGAGCAGAUUGCUCUGCUGGCCCCAGACAAGUUAAGUGGAUCCAAAAGCUAUCAGCUGUACAUUGAAUUCCAAGGGAGUCUGGCAGAUGGCUUCGAUGGCUUCUAUAAAAGCAUGUAUCGGACCCCAGAUGGUGAAAGAAGAGUAUUGGCAGCUACCCACUUUGAACCCACUGCUGCCAGGAUGGCUUUUCCGUGUUUUGAUGAGCCAUUGUUUAAAGCCACAUUUACCAUUAGGAUACAGCGGGAAAGGAGACAUAUUGCACUGUCUAACAUGCCUCGGAUCCAAACUGUGGAGCGUGAAGAUGGAUUAGUGGAAGACGUCUUUGACAAGAGUGUCCGAAUGAGCACGUACCUCGUGGCUUACGUAGUCUGUGAUUUCAGGUCCGUUAGUGCCAAUACAUCCUCCGGGGUCAAGGUUUCAGUGUACGCUGUUCCAGAGAAGUGGAGUCAAACCCACUAUGCGCUUGAAGUGGCGGUGAAAUUGUUGGAAUUCUACGAGGGUUACUUCAACAUCAGCUAUCCCUUGCCAAAACAAGACCUGAUUGCCAUACCAGAUUUCCAGUCAGGGGCUAUGGAAAACUGGGGCUUAAUAACCUACCGAGAGACUGCUCUACUUUACGAUCCACAGACGUCAUCUGCUACAGACAAGCUCUGGAUCACCAAAAUCAUAGGCCACGAGCUUGCUCAUCAGUGGUUUGGUAACCUAGUCACCAUGGAGUGGUGGAAUGAUAUCUGGUUGAAUGAAGGCUUUGCAAGGUAUAUGGAAAGAGUGUCUAUCAAUAGCACCUAUCCUGAGAUUCAAGUGGAUGACUAUUUUUUAAAUGUGUGUUUUGGGGCCAUGAUGAAAGAUUGUUUAAAUUCUUCACACCCGAUCUCCAACCCGGCUGAAACCCCUGUGCAGAUUAUGGAAAUGUUUGAUACAGUCUCUUAUGACAAGGGUGCCUGUGUCCUGAAUAUGCUGAGAGAUUUCCUGAGUGAGGAGGUAUUUCGGAGUGGAAUCAUUCACUACCUGGAGAAGUAUAGCUACAGAAAUGCCAGGAGUGCCGACUUAUGGGAUGUCAUAGCAAACACAUCCACUGAGAGAGACUUUUCCACUGGUGGUUUCUGUUAUACGUCGUCACAAGCCGAAGAAGGACUGUAUCGGUACACUUGUGAGAGCCUGGACCUGAGGGAGAUGAUGGACACCUGGACUCGCCAGAUGGGUAUCCCACUGAUCACGGUGGAGAGAGCGGGGCGGCAGGUCAGGCUGCAGCAGAGCAGGUUCCUGAAGGGGGUGCUUGAGGAUGACACGGAGUACCCCGCUCUACAGUCAGGAUACCUGUGGCAUAUUCCUCUCACUUAUGUAACAAGCCAUUCCAGAAGCGUGCAUAGACAUUUGCUCAAAACAAAAGCAGACACAAUUCAGCUAGAGGGAGAUGUGAGCUGGAUUAAGUUCAAUGUGGACAUGAGUGGAUACUAUGUUGUUCACUAUGGAGACGAAGGAUGGGAUUCACUGAUUGCGCUGCUGGAUCAGGACCAUGAUGCAAUAAGCAGUAAAGACAGAACAAACCUCAUUCACAAUGCACUCCAGCUUGUCAGCACUGGGAAGCUGUCCCUAGACAGAGCCCUGAACUUGACACGGUAUCUGAAGGAGGAGACAGACAACAUCCCUUUGUUGCAGGGAAUAUCUUACUUCAACGUCCUGUACCGCUUGAUGGAGAAUAAAAACAUUACUGACACUGCAGAAAAUUUAAAGAAUUAUAUCCUGCGGUAUUUCAAGGAUGUGAUCGACAAGCAGACAUGGAACAAUGCAGGCUCUGUGUCAGAGCGGAGGCUCCGCACGGAUCUCCUUCAGUUGUCCUGUGACCUGGGGUACCCUCCAUGUGUGGAGAGGGCCUCCCAGCUCUUCAGUGAAUGGGUCGCUUCAAAUGGCACCAAGAGCCUGCCCACUGAUGUGCUGAGGCCAGUGUAUCUCGUUGGAGCCCGGAGCACUGGAAACUGGAACUUUCUACUGAAUGCCUACAAGCGGUCACUUUCGUCCAGCGACAAGAACAAGAUUCUGUUCGCGCUGACACGCACCAAAGAUGCAGAGAAACUAGCCAAAUUGAUUGACCUGGGCAUGGAAGGAGAGGUGAUCAGAACUCAGGAUCUCCCUGCUGUCAUUGUCACUGUAGCACAGAACCCUGUGGGACAGGCACUAACCUGGAACUUUGUCCAGAAAAACUGGAAUAAGCUGCUGGAGAAGUUCCAUGUGGGAUCAUCAGCAAUCAGGGGAAUCAUUAUGGGCACCACAGGACAUUUUUCCUCAGAGAAAGAACUGGAGGAGGUAAAGGCAUUCUUUGAAUCAUUGAAAUCUCAAGGACAUCAAUUAAAAGUGACAGAAAAUGUUUUAGAAAUUAUCAAGAAGAAUAUCCGUUGGUUGGAGAGAAAUCUUGUUGUGUUGAAUAAAUGGCUGUCAGAGAACUUACCACAAGAACCCACAGUGUUCUAUAAUUGAACUGUCUGUAAAUUACUGUAUGGUACAGUUAUGUAAUUUUUAAUGUACAUUAAUGUAAUUAGGCAUGUAUUAAAUGAUUGUCAUCUUUUAUUUUUUGUAUACUUAAUAUUGUGGAUGUCAGAUAAGAUAAGAUUUCAUUGUCUUACGGGAAAUUAAUAAAACA